UGUAGCUUUGGGUUUGCCUGACAGCUUUGACCAGGCAGUCAUAGUUAAAGCUUAUGAACAACAAACAUUAUGUAAGAAUGACGUUAAGGACAUCUAGCUAGCUGUCAUUCAAACAUGCAAUGGAAUAACUAGAAAACAAUGCUGCGGCAAGCUAGCUACGUUUUUUCAGUGACAAUGCUAAACGAUACAUUUUGAACAUACCAAGGCAGCUAACUUGCUAAUUGUUUUAAAUUACAAGCUAUGAAGCCUAUAGCACUGGCCACAUUCAACAUUUAACUAGUCUAUAUUUCUUCUCCAUGUGGGGACGCAAGAGACAGCAGGGACGCUGUUGGUUGAAUGCUUGGCUAGCCAGCUAAACUAGUAAUGGUAGCGACAAAAAUGUGCUGAAUAUCCAGUUUCCCAGUUGACAGUUCUCUUCGAGGAUACUGACCAACGGUCUUCUGUGACCCGACCAUCGAAGUAACUUCUACAGUACUGUUGACAAUCGACACGGACAUGUUCCCCCAAAUGGAUCUCCUGGAGAGCCUCCAUGCAAAGACGGAUAAUGCGUAAAGCCUGGCUAGGCAGUUACAGCUGGGCAUGACAUGAACGGGAAUCGCACACACGCCGAUAGCCGACAGAACACGCUACACAACACACCGAACCAGAAGAAAGCAUGACAGCACAUUCGUUUUUUCGUUUAUUUGAUCUAGAUAUGUAUUUAUUUAUUUUCUUACACAGGAACUCGUUUUGUCUGGCUAUCAACACAGGUUUCCAGAUUUCCAUGUACUAAUUCAACCGAUUUCUGAGAUCAGACGGAAUUUAGAUUUCAAGAUGACGGUGGAAGGAUCCACAAUAAAGAAUAGGAUAAAAAAUCUCCUCCGCUCGCCGUCUAUCAAAUUGAGAAGGAAUAAAGCGCUUAACAACAAAGAGAAUCUCAGUAGCAAGGUAACACUGGAGAAGGUGCUGGGGAUUACAGCAUUUGGGAACCGUGCUUUGGCCUGCGACCCUCGCUCUGGACUGGUGGCCUACCCAGCCGGAUGUGUGGUGGUGCUACUGAACCCCAAAAAGAACAAACAGCAUCACAUCCUCAACAGCUCCAGGAAAACUAUCACCACUCUGUCCUUUUCCCCUGAUGGUAAAUAUGUGGUCACAGGAGAGAGUGGACACAUGCCUGCUGUACGGGUGUGGGAGGUGGCAGAGCGGUCCCAGGUGGCCGAGCUACACGAGCAUAAAUACGGCAUCUCCUGCGUGGCCUUCAGCCCCAACAGCAAGUACAUCGUCAGUGUGGGAUACCAACACGACAUGAUGGUCAAUGUCUGGGCCUGGAAGAAAAACAUUGUGGUGGCAGCAAACAAAGUGUCCAGUAAAGUGACAGCGGUGUCCUUCUCAGACGACAGCUCCUACUUUGUCACAGCGGGGAACAGGCACGUCAAGUUCUGGUACCUGGAUCACACUAAAUCCUCCAAGGUGAGCGCCACAGUUCCUCUGCUGGGUCGCUCUGGGCUACUGGGGGAGUUGAGGAACAACUUCUUCUCUGACGUGGCGUGCGGGAAGGGUCGUAAAGAUGGCAGCACUUUCUGCAUCACCUCUUCAGGCCUGCUCUGCGAGUUCAACGAGAAGCGCCUGCUGGACAAAUGGGUAGAGCUUAGGAACAACGAUAGUAUCACAACCACUCAGGCCACGUCUCUGUCUGUGACGGAGGAGCUCAUCUUCUGUGGCUGUGCCGACGGCACCGUACGAGCCUUCAGCCCCGUCAACCUGCACUUCAUCUGUACCUUGCCGCGGCCACACUGUCUGGGCACAGACAUCGCCACAGUGGUGGAGGCUAGCCACCUCUUCAGCCACAAGGUGGACGCUCGGUAUCCAGACACGGUGGCUGUGUCCUAUGACCCUGCGAGCCGCUGGCUGUCCUGUGUCUACAAUGACCACAGCCUGUAUGUGUGGGACGUACGGGACCUCCGCAAAGUGGGCAAGGUCUACUCCGCCCUGUACCACUCUGCCUGUGUGUGGAGCGUUGAGGUGUACCCAGACAGGAUCAGUGAUGGGGAGCAGGCCUGUCUUCCUCCAGGCUCUUUCCUCAGCUGUUCUUCAGACAACACCAUACGUCUCUGGAACACUGAUGGUCACAGCACCACCCUCAGCCACAACGUUAUCAGCAAUGACCUCCAGAAGAUCAUCUACAUGGAUAACAACACAGCCGGCCUGCUGGACACGGAGUGCCUCAACUCCGGGAACGGAGAGAAGGCCGACCCCCAGACCUCGGAGACCAGGACGGGCAUCAGGACCAUGUGUGUGAGCCCUGACGGGCAGCACCUUGCGUCCGGCGACCGGACUGGCACCUUGAGGAUCCAUGAGCUGGAUAGCAUGGACGAGAUCCUAAACGUACAAGCCCACGACUCUGAGAUCCUGUGUCUGGAGUACUCCAAGCCAGAGACGGGUCUUAAGUUGCUAGCCACAGCGAGUCGAGACCGGCUGAUCCACGUGUUGGAUGCAGAGCAGGAGUACAGCCUGCUGCAGACGCUUGACGAACACUCCUCCUCCAUCACCGCCGUGCGAUUUGCUGCCAAUGAUGGCAAGGUGAGGAUGAUCAGCUGUGGUGCUGACAAGAGCAUCUACUUCCGCACAGCGCAAAAGUCAGAUGAAGGAACAGUGUUUACUCGCACCCACCACAUCGUACGCAAGACUACGCUGUACGACAUGGAUAUCGACCCCACCAGGAAGUACGCAGCUAUUGGCUGUCAGGACCGCAGCAUCAGAAUCUUCAACAUCAGCAACGGCAAACAGAAGAAACUGUACAAGGGCUCCCAAGGAGAGGAUGGAACGGUGAUCAAGGUUCAGACCGACCCGUCAGGGCUGUAUGUGGCCACCAGCUGCUCAGACAAGAACAUCAGCAUCUUUGACUUCUACUCUGGAGAGUGUGUUGCCACCAUGUUCGGACACUCCGAGGUUGUGACUGGAAUGAAGUUCACCAAUGACUGCAAGCACAUGAUAACGGUGUCUGGUGACAGCUGUAUCUUCAUGUGGCGUCUAGCCCCUGAGCUCACCAUCAGUAUGAGGCAGCGUCUGUCAGAGCUCCAACAGAAUGGCAAGCCGCUUCAGAAGACGCCACCGCACAAACCUUCAAAUCUCAGCGUCAGGAGAGAGAUGCACAGCGCCCCCCCCAUAGCCACCAUGUCUUCUGACAGUGACAAAGAGGUGGAGGAAGAGGAGGGGAUUGAAGAGGAGGAUGAGGAAGAGAGCUCUCCUUACAUGGUGUCAGGCUGCAGUGCAGGGGAAGAGACAGAUACCUCGGAGGAGAAGCCCAACGCUCACGGCAGAGAAGUGAAACGGGAGAACCAGUUCUACCGCUGCUCCUCCCAGGGGAGCCACCGCUCUGAAGAUAGGGGUCCCCGUCCUCGACGUCGCUGGUCCAGACGCACGGGCAGCAUGGACCUGAUGGUCAAGUCCAUGUUGGACCUCAGGCAGCUAGAUUCCUUCGCCUUGCCCCACCCCUCCCCCACCAAGACCCAGGCCGACUCCUACAGGGACCCAUUCAGACCGGGGGAGAGGGGCAGCACCGUCAGCCUGCAGCCCCUCACGGCGUGGGGUGGUGAGUGUGAUCAGAGCUCCCAGCUGAGGCCCCACUACAUCACGCUCUCCCCACAGACGCCCGAGACAGAGAGUGGCCCGGUGCUCUUCCCCGACGGCUGUGAGGACCGGCUCAGCUUAGCCGGCAGUGAGUACCUGGUGAAGGAGCUACUUCCCGGGCCCGGGGCCAGCAGGACUGGGAAGGGCCACCAGAACCAGGGGAGCCAGGCCCACCAUGAAAAACACAGCCCAGACAGCGCCUGUUCUGUGGACUACUCCAGCAGCAGACUGUCCAGCCCAGACCAGGCUCCCGGAGAGGACUCUGAGCCCACAGAGCCGCUCAGCGUGGAUGGCAACUCCUCCGAGCUGGACAUGGAAGAGCUGGAGGAGGAGGAGGAGAGGGGGAGGGGAGAAGCCCAGGGUACGACGGCUGUGCCCCAAACCCCUGACCAGGAGGCCUUCCUCAAACAGCACUUUGGAAACCUGGCUGAGUUGAACCGCCCAGUGAGCCCGACCAGAGUGGUCACCCCUGAAAGUAUCAGCAUCUCAUCCAAGUUCCUGUCCCAAGGCGGUACUGGACGCAGGACUGUCUUUCCAUUCCCAUCGAAGAGUGGAGGUGAGGGGAAGUUAGCAGACAGUGUGGUGAGGCCCCCGGUCUCCGAGGUGAGGCCCCUCAUGGAGCAUAUCCAGGGGAAAGGCUCUGUAGAAUAUUCAAAGGGCGCACCUGGAAAACUACAGGUUGUAGACAGCACCCCAGCGGAGAAAGCUCUGAAUCUGCGGUCCUCUCCAAUGAGGAAGAAGCUGUGUAACCCUGCGGUGGACUCCCGUAGGAUGGUCAGCCCCGUGGCUAAGGCUGCGGCCUCACACGUCACCUCCAAUGGCAUCAGGAAGUCCCAGUCAGUCCAGAACCUGCACACUGAGGACAUGCCUCUGACCUCCUCUCGGCCCUCCAAGGAGGUUGCCCCCCAGCCUCUGCAAUCCCACUCCAGGGAGCGUCCAGUGACCCUCCCCAGCACCCCCCGGCGCGUUCUGCCGAGCGUCCCCCCCCAACACAGCCCCACAUCCCCCCAGGCCCGGGACAGCAGUGGUCACAACACAGCCACCACGCCCAGGGGCCUCAAGUCCCGCUACUCCUACAUGAGCCCUACCACCAGCUCCAUGGCCAAGAUGUCCCGCUCCGCGUCCAUGGGAGACAGCCUGAACGUGGCCGAGGAGGAGCCCGGCACUGAGUCCAUGGAGUCACGGAGGGGGUCUGGAUUUGACACCUCCAGAAGUCUGAGUAAACCAUGUACACCCGUGGCUGCAGCCUCCUCCCCCUCGUCGUUGGGUCUAACCACGCCCCAUGCUGCUGUUAUCCCCACCCUCAACGCCAGUCCGCCCAGCAACUCCUCCCACAGCCCCGCCUCCAAGAGCCUGCAGGCCAAGCUGACGUACAGUGGCCGUCCCCAGCUCAACAUGGACAUCCCCAAGCCCCUCCCAGACAAGCCCUCCCUGGCGGUCUUCACUCCCAUAUCUCCCUCCAACGAUAAUCCCGCCUCCAGAUCCCCAGGCAGCUCGUUACCUCAACAGGGCCAGACUCAACCGGCGCUCUCCAACAAAGUCCAACUGGUGACUGCUCAGGCCCCCUCCCCUGGAGGCCCUGAGGCGGAGCAGGGUGGCCUCACCACAGAGCUGCGUCCUGAGGCCCCCGGGGCAGAUAAUACACUAGAACAGCCACGGUGGGAGCAGAGCCAGGGCCUGAGCCAGGAGGAAAGGCCCACCACGGAGGUGUCUGUACAGGGCUGUCCUGUCUAUUUGCUGUCGUCCCUAGGGUCUGGCCAGGACCGCACAGGUUUGCUCCAGCGCUCUCCCUCCUUCAUCCUGUCGUCUCUGCGUCUGGGCCUGCCCCUGGCUGGCACCAAGCUCUUAUUUACUCCUGGUGCUGUGUGGCCCGUUAUCUCAGCCUCCACUCCCAUGUACGCUUCACCUUCACCCUGUCCUCCGUCACUAAACCACUUUCUCCUGAAGGAUGGAUCUCUGAAUAUGGAGUCAUGCAGAGUGGUGGCCAGCGAACUACAGAGCACUUUCAGAAAAGCCUCGCAGUUUUACAGGAUGGUAAACCGUGUGCCUUUAGACUCUAGUCAGGAGCACCAUGAGAUGGCCCGGGUCCUGUCUGAGGCCUUUGAGGUGGUGAGGUCCGAGCUGGGCUCUCUGCCCCAGAGCACACCCCCGUCCCCCUCAGGAGGACCAGCAGCAGGAGGCCCCCUCUGUGCGCUGGGAUGCCCACCUCUAGGACCAGGAACAGGGGAGUCAGGCUCAGGGGAGGAGAGGACUCUGGCUCUGCUGGAGCAGUACUCCGAGCUCCUCCUCAAAGCUGUGGAGAAGAGGCUGGACAAUAAGCAGCACUUCUAGACACUUGCCAGGGGAACUAAAUCUACCUUUAUCCCCAUUCUUUACGAUUGAACCAAUCUACCCUCUUGCAAAUGUAGGAUGUUAAGCCAUUGAGCAAGGAUAUCUUCUGACCUGAUAUAUCAGUGGAGCUACAACAGUACUUUUUUGUUUUUUUAAACCUAGUUUUUUUUUUUUUUUUUAAGUUGAGCAGAUUAAAAUAUUCUUUAGGGAUGCCUAUAUAUAUUUAUUUUUAAGGACACUUAUCUCCCUCUACUUAUAAGUUGUCUCCUCUCUCCCUCUCUGCUGAUAGGUUGUCUCCUCUCUCCCUCUCUGCUGAUAGGUUGUCUCCCCUCUCCCUCUUUGCUGAUAGGUUGUCUCCUCUCUCCCUCUCUGCUGAUAGGUUGUCCGCUCUCUCCCUGUGAGAUCUAUAUAAGCCUAGGUAGAGGAGAGGUUGUGAGAGUUUGCACACAGCACAAUGGCUCAAUGUAGAAGGGCAGCAUUGAACACUAACAGACAGACAGCCCAGUCCGAUACUGCACCGAGGCUCCUCAGGAUGACCCACGCCUCGGCGUUCAUUCAGUGUGGCUGAGCUGCACUUAGAUACUGUCAUUCACCACCCUACCUCUCGAAUGUAAAUGUCUGCUCUCUACAGUACCCACCAGACACUUGCACUCUCACAACCACUUCUAUUUACCCAUAUUGCCAAAUACUGUAGUUUGCUUAAAUGAAGUUGGUGUUGUUGUCGUUAUUAUUAUGAUUCUAAUGUGUAAGUUAUGGGUGGAUGUGCCCUUCGUUGCAUCUCUACAUGAAGGAAAUGGAACUGCUGAGUUGGAGCUUGAUGCUGGCCAUCAUUUCUGGUAGGGGCAGCAGCACCUAUUGGACAGUUGGAGGGAGUUGUUGUUCAAUACCAUUCGUGAACAACAAGGUUGCAACAGCUACGAGGGACCGAAACCAAGGAUAAGGCAAUCUCCUCAACACUACAGGAGGAACGCGGGACUCCUCCGCCUCAUAAAAGACAAGAUUAUUUGAUAUGGUUGUGUUUCAGUGGGUGAUUAGAUUUUCUACACAGUGUUUUGCAAGGCAAUGUCUGUGUGUGAUGUUUGGGAAGCGAGGUUGUAUUUAUUAUGUGGUAAAAGGUUUGUGUUACAAAGGGCAGCGUUGGCCCCUUUUGAGUUGUACAGGUUGUUUUCUAUAUUGACAGGUGUUAUUACGCUUGGUAGCAGAGAUAGGUCAUCAGUAGGGACCAAUAUUGUAAAAUAAGACUUGAAGAUCUGUCAACUGAGAGGCUCCUCGUUCAUGAACUUUGAUGGAUGUUUUUUAUAAAACGUGUGAAUUGUAAUCCCAGUAAAUGUUUUGUAUUCCAAAUUGAUGUUCAGUGUGAAUAAUACAAAUGUCUCAAGGAAAUGGGUGCCUUAAUUCAAAACCAGCUUUUUUAUGGUUAUACAUUUUUUGGGUAUUUACCAAAAUGAUACUGAAUUGUAAUCAAAAUACGACUACUGAAACUGAGCCACUGCUCUGGGUAUUAGGUGUUCUUCUGACACUGAAGAGAGGCAUCACAUCCUAGGAUUGGGUUUAAUGAGGGUCGGAGCCCAGAACAUAUCACAACUCAUGCAUCUUGCAAACCAGGCAGAAAAAUUAUUUGCCAUCUAAGACAUUUUCAACAUUCGUUAUUUCUUGACGGGCUGUGGGGAUUUCUUCCUGGCACUAUUCUAGCCCAAUGAUGAUGCAAAGCACUUUCAUUCCUAUCAAAACUAUCAUAGGUCAAAUUGUUUUCUUUUUAUUAACUUAGGGUCCAAACAGCUGUAACUAGUUAUCCGUGUCAAAGACCCACGGCCUAAUUACUGCGUUCCACUGCAGAUAUGGUGAUCGUUGCUGCAGACAAUGCCAAGCACUGCCCUCUGUUCCAUCCCUCCCUUCACGCCACAUAUCUUUGGGCAGGACGCUCUGUGCUGUUUUUGCACACUACUUAAUACACUAGCAGUCUCAAGACAGUGUUUAGGUACAUGAGUAGUACUGGGGAUUUUCACACUUAUCAUUGUUAUUAACUUUCCCUCGUUGGUAGAAACAGUCUGAUCAGGUACCAGUGUUCUUCCAUCCUCUCAAAAUGCCAUUACUUUUAUAUACAUGACUAGAUGAAUGUGCAUGGACAACAACAGGUUGCAUGGACAGACUGCAAAGAUGUUCUAUAGAAUAAGAAUCGAUUAUAUUCUGCAGGCUGCGUAGCCUGGAGGUUUUAUAAAGACAUAUGUUUGUGCCCCCGUGGAGAAUCUGCUGCUGUAAUGCACGACUAUUUAUGCAUGAAGGGGGAUGAGGUAUGGAGGUUGACUGACUGCAUGGUUGUACAAUUCUAGGCUUACUUAACUUGUUUUUCCACUGAGUUGUACCCAUACCUGACCUGUAUGCUGAUGUCUUGUCUUAAACUGCAGAUGGACCAUCAUUUUUCUCUUUAAUGAAAUGAUUACCUUUCAGACGGAGCUGUUUUCUGUUUUGCAUCAACCUCAGUUCAGUGUUUUCUACCCUUAGUGUUUUGACUGUAUUCCAUCUGAACUUCUCUUUCUGCCGGAGAAUAAAACCAUAUUUAUUAUGCUCA